CCAAGUCCAAAUGUGCACUUGGAAAAAGACGACAGUUAUCUCCCCGAAGUCUGGGCCUGGUACGCCAUCGGCGUCUUCAUAAUCCUCCUACGAUUCGCGGUUCGUAUUCGUACCGUCGGGAUUCGAGGCUUCCGCGGUGACGACUACUUGGCUUUACCCUAUCUCGUGUUGUACAGCAUCAAUGUUUACGUAGUCCAAAUAUGCUAUUACACAGGAGCCAAUAUCGACAUCACUGAAGAUGCGGUGCCAUCACUAUCAGAUCACGAUGUCGCAGUUCUCCAGCUGGGAUCCAAAUUGGAGUUCAUGUCCUGGUAUACAUACCCAGGGGUCUUGAAGUUCACCGUACUAUUCUUCUACAAGCGUCUAACACUUGGAAUUCUACGGAGACGGAGCCUGGUCGCGUUGUUCUGGAUCUGCGGAUUAUCGUACAUCGUUUUAUGUCUCACGGUGACACUCAGCUGCCAACCCUACUCCGACAACUGGCGAAUCCGGCCUCUACCAGGCCCAGAGUGCACCUUCCGACCGCAAAACUUUUGGAUGCUGUUGUGGCUCAACGUCUUGACGGACGCGGCCCUCCUCUCCAUCCCCGUUCCGAUCCUCUGGCACCUCCGCGUGUCCUUUAAACGCAAAAUCGGCGUCAGCAUCCUGCUUUCAUCCGGCGUCUUCGUCAUUUCGACGGCAAUAGUUCGAGCGGUCACGACCUUGGGCGGUGCGCCGUCCGUCAUCAAUAUCAACAGGUGGGGGUUCCGCGAGACCGCCGUCGGCCUCAUCACCGUUACCCUGCCGGUCCUGAGCCCGCUGUUCACGAGAGCGUUCUGGCGCCACGGCCCGUAUAUUCGAGACUACUACGAUCGGCUCCGCGUUUCGAGGACGCCUCCUAACAACGCCAGGUUUGGCAAUUGGCUGGGGACGAUGGUUCUCAAGUACAUUGAUGAGGAAGAGGGAGAUGUGUUAUGCAGCCCAAGCGCGGCGAAACAGUUGGAAGAGGCGGGGUACCGACGGGAAUAUACCGAGCGGGCAGGGUCCUACAACAUAGGUAGCGGAGAAAGCUACGAGCUGGAAACGAAGAGCGGUGAUACGAGUACGAAAAGCUUAAAAGGCAUGGAGACGGUUUGACAAUUCAAAGUAUAAGGGGGUUUGAAGAGAAUAUGGCGCUGGAGCAUCGAGGCAUACCCCAUCAUGAUUGACUUUGUAUACACUGAUACCCAAAGGGAGUAAUAGGACGGGUUCAAGACUGGAAAGUGUGUAGGCCAGGAAAUGCUGCUGUGCUGGUGUGGAAAUGCUGUCACCUCUGGCGAAAUGACAGUCAAAUGAGAGGAUCUCUAGAGAAGCUUGCAAUGAUUUGCUGUUCCAAACAUGACCAUGAUUUGUCUCAAGUGCUUAAAGUACAGACCAGUUGAAGAUUCCUACGUCGGGCUUCUACGUGCUGACCAGAUAACACGAGUCUCAGAGGCGCGUAAAGCCAAACAGACACAGUGUUGCAAGCUUGACCCCAGUGUGAGACCAUCUGACUGAGGUAUGCGGUGCCGCUGAAACACUAUCCUUGGUUUGGCAACUCGUAUGGGCAGACUGUAGGU